AUGAAGCUACAUUUUCACUCAUCCCCCAACAUAUGCCCUGCAACCCAGGAUAGAGGAGAGGCUUAUAAGACGGCCCCGACCUACACUAAGUCCAACACUCUGACUGCGAUAUAUCAAGAUCUGGUGGAUACCUACGGCGUGCCAAGAUACCGUGAAGCCAACCCUGCCUUGCUGACGGUCAUUUCAUUCCCAUUUCUAUUUGGGGUAAUGUAUGGCGAUGUUGGGCAUGGACUGAUGCUGCUGAUGGGGGCCGCCUGGAUUUUUUGGUCGGAUGCUGCGAGCAGUAUGCCAGAUCUUUUCAGAGCAAGAUAUCUCGUGCUGCUGAUGGGCUUGUUCUCCGUGUACUGUGGUCUUUUGUACAACGACUUCUUCAGCGUGGGCUUGUGCAUAUUCCAAUCGCGUUGGUCAAUACCGGUAGAAAGGCCUGGCCACGAGGUGAAAUUGGAGCCGCUCUACGACAUCACGAACUCUGGAGGCCUAGGCCCCUAUCCGUUCGGUGUGGACCCAGCUUGGCACGGAGCGCAGAAUGAGCUUGUGUACAUGAACUCUCUGAAGAUGAAGAUUUCGGUGCUGCUGGGCGUCGCGCAAAUGAUGGCGGGCUUGCUUCUGCGAGUGGCCAAUGCCAUCCACCAGCGCUGCAAGCUGGACCUCCUGUGCGAGUGCGUGCCGAUGAUCCUGUUCAUGCUUGGACUGUUUGGCUACAUGGACUGCAUGAUCUUGUACAAAUGGGUCACCCCUAUGGCUAAUGCCCCAAGCAUCAUCAACUCCAUGUCUCUGGGCUCUCUGUGGAAACAUUUUGUUAUUUUCUGGGCUUCGGCCUGCAAUCCAGGAAGCCCAUGGGUUUAA